UACUCCUUCAAACCAGAAUACGUGGUGUUCCCUCCUAUAUACCCUCCACCACCUUCUUUUCUCGUUCGUUGUUUCUAAGUUCUGCAUUCACAAUGUGUGGAAUACUUGCUCUUCUUGGCUGCUCUGAUGACUCUCAGGCCAAAAGGGUUCGCGUGCUUGAGCUUUCCCGCAGAUUGAAGCACCGUGGUCCUGACUGGAGCGGGCUGUAUCAGCAUGGGGAUUGUUAUCUGGCCCAUCAGAGGUUGGCCAUUAUUGAUCCCGCUUCCGGUGAUCAACCUCUCUUCAAUGAGGACAAGUCAAUCGUUGUCACGGUAAAUGGAGAGAUUUACAACCAUGAAGAUCUGAGGAAGCGUCUGCCGAAUCACAAGUUUCGAACUGGCAGUGAUUGCGAUGUUAUUGCCCACCUGUACGAGGAGUAUGGGGAAAGUUUUAUUGACAUGUUGGACGGCAUGUUUUCUUUUGUUCUACUAGAUACCCGCGACAAUAGCUUCAUUGUUGCCCGUGAUGCUAUUGGAAUCACCUCCCUCUACAUCGGUUGGAGCCUUGAUGGCUCGAUUUGGGUGUCAUCUGAACUUAAAGGUUUAAAUGAUGACUGUGAGCAUUUUGAGAGCUUUCCUCCUGGCCACUUGUACUCGAGCAGAGAAGGUGGAUUAAGGCGAUGGUACAAUCCUCCUUGUUUCUCCGAGGCUAUUCCCACAACCCCAUACGAUCCACUUGUGCUGAGACGUGCUUUUGAAAAUGCUGUGAUCAAACGGCUGAUGACUGAUGUGCCAUUUGGUGUUCUGCUGUCUGGGGGCCUUGAUUCAUCUUUGGUUGCCUCCAUCACUGCCCGCCACUUGGCUGGGACAAAGGCUGCCAAGCAAUGGGGAACACAACUCCAUUCCUUUUGUGUCGGCUUAGAGGGUUCCCCCGAUCUGAAGGCCGCAAAAGAAGUUGCAGAUUAUUUGGGUACAGUUCAUCAUGAAUUUCACUUUACUGUUCAGGAUGGGAUUGAUGCCAUAGAAGAUGUUAUCUACCAUAUCGAAACCUAUGAUGUUACAACGAUAAGAGCAAGCACCCCUAUGUUUCUUAUGGCACGUAAAAUCAAAUCGCUAGGGGUGAAAAUGGUGAUUUCUGGUGAAGGUUCUGAUGAGAUUUUUGGUGGAUAUUUGUACUUCCACAAGGCACCCAACAAGGAAGAGUUCCACCAGGAAACAUGCCGAAAGAUUAAGGCACUCCACCAGUAUGAUUGCCUUAGAGCAAAUAAAGCAACAUCUGCUUGGGGCUUGGAAGCUCGAGUUCCCUUUUUAGACAAGGAAUUCAUUAAUGUUGCCAUGGAUAUUGAUCCCCAGUGGAAAAUGAUAAAACGAGAAGAGGGACGCAUUGAGAAAUGGGUUCUAAGGAAGGCUUUCGAUGAUGAGGAGCGUCCCUAUCUGCCAAAGCACAUUCUGUACAGGCAAAAAGAACAAUUCAGCGAUGGAGUUGGCUAUAGCUGGAUUGAUGGGCUCAAAGCCCAUGCUGCUCUGCAUGUAACUGAUAAGAUGAUGCUUAAUGCUGCACACAUUUUCCCACAAAACACUCCCACCACAAAAGAAGCCUACUACUACAGGACCAUUUUUGAGAGGUUCUUCCCACAGAACUCGGCCAGGCUUACCGUCCCCGGUGGAGCGAGUAUAGCCUGCAGCACAGCUAAAGCUGUCGAGUGGGAUGCUGCAUGGUCCAACAAUCUUGAUCCUUCUGGGAGGGCUGCUUUAGGAGUCCAUCUUUCUGCUUAUGACAAACAGGUCCCCUCUGUCAGCCCUGGCAUACCAGAGAUUCUUGAUAAUGUACAUCUGAAGAUGGAAGUUAGCACUCCAGGAGUUGCAAUCCAAAGUUAGUAGGCCUAUGGAGGACAUAAUUAUUUGUGACUUGAACCAUUUGAGUCACUUUGCAAGCCCUGCUAUAUUGAAAGGGAUACUCUAGAUGUCAAGAAAUAACUAUUAUGGUGUUGUAAGAUGAUGUGUGAUCAACGUAGUCUACUUUUCCUUAUACAUAGUUUUUGAAGUGUGCAAUGAAUAUAUUUCAUCUGUUUUUAAGACAAAA